GAGAAGCUCUACCAGCUGUAGGGAUCCUAUCUGAUAGAACCUGGAGAAGAUUCGAAUGAGAUUUGGUACCCUCUUAGCUUAACGUCAUUGAUAUUCGCUUCCGUAGUAUUUUGUAUCUGAGCACUUGUAGAUUGGUUAAGCCCCGACAGGUUGGUUCUGACCCUGAGACGGGAAUAAAUGAAAAUAGAUGUUUGAUGGGAUUUCAAGAAUUGAACAGAAUAGCAUGCUUUGCCUCUUGUCAGACGUCAGGACUGCGUCUUCGUUUUGAUGCAAAUCCCGUGGGGGUAUCUUCUAUUGAUGAUGAUUGGCUGAUACACACGGCUUACACGUUAGGCGAGACACAGUCAGGAUGGAGCCACUGAUCAGUCUCGCUUGGAGUUUGCUCGGGACUUGGAUCCGUUUUAGCAAGGCAAAGUCCUGGUGAGAAAGGCGUUUGCGCCAUUACGCGGAUGACAUCCGUAUUGAAAAGCUGGCAUUGGUAGGUAGACCUACGAUCACUGCACAUUUCCGUAUGCGGGCCGUCCUAUCCGGCUACUGGACGCCCUAAGACCAAGACUACUUAUAUCGAACACUUGCAGCUCAUGGAAAUAAACCGAUCUUCAUUCUUCUUCCCAUUCGCGCAAGUCGCUUACUACCCAGGAAACGUAUAACAACAUGUCUCUCUGCGCAAGAGCUCUCAGCAGGCGGUGCCCCUGUGCAUCGUCCACCUUUACGAAAACUACUUUCACCACCGUUCCUGUCACGCAAGUUAGACCAAUCCAUUCCUCGAAGCCAACUUCGACAGCGCCGACCUCAAGCACCAUGGCCGAAUUCAAUCGCAAAACCAAUACAGUUCCCAAGCCGCCAGACUCGAGGGAAAAUCCGACGGUUGGAAUUGCGCCGAGUCCAAGCGAAAAUAUCGGCCAGAAACGGUUGGCUGAUUUUGACCUUGGCGGUAAAGUGUUUAUCGUAACAGGAGGCGCUAGGGGGCUUGGGUUAUCAUUGGCAGAGGCGCUGGCUGAGACGGGAGGAAACGUUUACUGUUUUGAUCGCGAACCAGAGGCGGAUGAGGGCUGGAACGAAGCGGCACGACGAGCUGAUCAGUUUGGUGGUUCUCUUCACUACAAGCAGCAAGACGUACAAGAUACGGAGGGGCUUGACCGGACUAUCGCAGCCAUUGCCGAUAAACACGAACGUCUAGAUGGCCUCAUUGCGGCUGCGGGUGUUCAGCAUUUAUCCCCGGCUGUUGAAUGGACGAGGGACGAGGUAAAUCGAAUGAUGGAUAUUAACUAUACGGGUGUGAUGAUGACGGCUACGAGCGCGGCCCGUCAGAUGUUCAAGUACAAGAUCCACGGCAGCAUGUGCUUCAUUGCAAGCAUGUCUGGCAGCAUCGCCAAUAAAGGGCUCCUGUCACCUGUAUACAACUCUUCAAAAGCUGCAGUUAUUCAGUUGGCCCGUAACCUCGCGAUGGAAUUUAGUCCUAUUCGAAAAGACGGCACGGGAGGUAUCCGGGUGAACUGCAUUAGUCCCGGCCACAUCCUAACGCCGAUGGUUCUCAAGAACUUCGAGGAAGUCCCGGGUCUCCGCGAGACCUGGGAGAAAGAGAACAUGAUGGGUCGAUUAGCAGAGACGACCGAAUUCAAAGGUGCCGCCCUGUUUCUGCUAAGCAAUGCUAGCAGUUUCAUGACUGGGAACAACCUUGUCAUCGACGGUGGCCACACGGCAUGGUAGAGCUAGCUACCUCCUUAGUUAAGUACCGGUUAUUCUCUUGUCUGAUUUUCGUAUCGGAGUUUAGCUGGCAACGCCCGGAGUUUAUACCAGGAAGCGAGCAUUUCCGAAAGCUGUAUGCGAAGUAGCUCGGCAUCGAAUAAGGAUGCCGAAUCUGUAUGGCGGCUCCGUUGUACAUCAGUUACAUGUGUUAACGACUCGACGAUGGAUGAAUGAUAUCCUAUAGACUCGCUUGUAUUAUUAAUGCAUUCAUAGAACUCAGAGGCAUCUAAGUGGCCGAACUAUUUAAUCCCCUAAA